AAUAUGGCUUUCGCUCGGUGGUUAUCGCCCCUAUCAACCCCCUCUCUUCUGUACUAUGUGUGUGCGAGUUUGUUGUGUUUCGGAUAGAAAGUGAGCCUGGUUUCCAGCUGAGUGCUUGCUCUCUCUCUCUCUCUCUGUGUGUGUUGUCAUUAUUAUCCAGUCUGCUCCCAGCUCAGAAUGGCCAGAUUCACUCAGACUGAAACAAGAAGGCAGCAGCAACCACAGCAGCCCCAUCCCGCUCACACCAGCCUGGUUUUCACUGGACCUGGGGCAACACCGAUCCAACAACCACUACUACUUAUCCCUCACCAGCACCAGUACUCUCAGAUCACAUUUCCUAAACCCAUGAACGGGUCAGAAUCCAUUUCAAUUCAUCCGGAGAGCGGCAACAUGAAAGACCAAGAUGCCAUAAAGCUGUUUAUCGGGCAGAUACCGCGGAACCUAGAGGAAAAGGACCUGAAACCUCUGUUUGAACAGUUUGGGAAAAUCCACGAACUGACUGUUCUGAAGGACCGAUACACCGGCAUGCACAAAGGCUGCGCGUUCCUCACCUACUGCGCCCGCGAGUCGGCCAUCAAAGCCCAGAACGCCCUCCAUGAACAGAAAACACUGCCAGGGAUGACUCGGCCCAUCCAGGUGAAGCCGGCUGACAGUGAGAGUCGUGGAGAAGACAGGAAGCUGUUUGUCGGGAUGCUAAACAAACAACAGACUGAGGAGGACGUGUACCGCCUCUUUGAGCCCUACGGAGUCAUCGAGGAGUGCACCGUCCUAAGAGGUCCCGACGGAAACAGCAAAGGCUGUGCCUUUGUAAAGUUCUCCACACAUGCUGAGGCCCAGUCUGCAAUCAGUGCCCUUCAUGGCAGCCAGACCAUGCCAAACGGCUCCGAUUCUCUCCCCCCCCAGGGUGCGUCCUCCAGCCUGGUGGUGAAGUUUGCCGACACCGACAAGGAGCGCACCAUCCGCCGCAUGCAGCAGAUGGUGGGCCAGUUUGGCAUCUUUAACCCAGCCAUCGCCCUUCCCUUCAGCACCUACAGUACCUACGCACAUGCAGCACUGCUGCAGCAUGACAAUGAGCUCAUGCAGCAGCAGGCAGCCAUCAUGGCAGCGAGCCACGGGGGCUACCUGACGCCCAGCAUGGCCUUCCCCGCCACCCAACUCCACCAGAUGGGGGCACUCAGCAUCAACGGCCUCCCACCCAACUCCAUGACCCCGGUGUCUGGGGAGUUCCACCAGGCACUGGGUCUUAGCUCUCCACCAGCCAACAUCACCACUCCCAGCAUCGUCACUCCCAUCGUCAACGGUUUCACGGGCAUCCCCCACCAUCAGCCCAACGGACAUCCCGCCGUGGAGACCAUGUACAGCAACGGCCUGCCGUCCUAUUCCACCCAGAGCCCCACCGCCGCAGACACCCUCCAGCAAGCCUUCACCGGAGUACAGCAAUACACAGCUAUCUACCCAGCUGGCACACUGACUCCCAUAGGCCAGACACUGCCUCAGCCAUCACAGGUCAUCCAGCAGCAGCAACAGAGAGAAGGUGAGGGGCCCGAGGGCUGUAACCUGUUCAUCUACCACCUGCCACAGGAGUUUGGAGAUAAUGAACUCAUGCAGAUGUUUCUGCCUUUCGGGAGCGUCAUCUCCUCCAAGGUCUUCAUGGACCGAGCCACCAACCAGAGCAAAUGCUUCGGGUUUGUGAGCUUCGACAACCCAGCUAGCGCACAGGCAGCUAUUCAAGCCAUGAAUGGCUUUCAGAUUGGAAUGAAGAGGUUGAAAGUCCAGUUAAAACGACCGAAGGAUGCCAGCCGCCCUUACUGACACAACCUAGCCCUCAGUGUUCACUGCAACAGCACAGGUUUUGAGGACAACUGAAGAUAUCUUGGAGUUCAACUUUAUUUCUUUGAAAACAAAAAUUCUGUUUAAAAAAAAUCCACACAAGGAAUUUUCGAAGACAUAUCAGCAUUUACUUAUGAAGAAGACGUAGGCUAUUGCAAUGAUGAAGAGAUUGAAGAUGGUGUGAAGGAGUUGGCAGCAGCUACACCGAAGGACUUCAACGCAACAAACGGCACAGUGCAAGAAAUACAAGAGAAGUUUAAAAAAAAAAAAACUGAAAAAAGAUGUGAAACUUUUCUUGUUGAGACUUGAAUUGUUAAUUAAGCAACAAACAAACAAAAAAGCAGCAACAACAAAAUAGAUUUCUAUAUACGUAUUAUAUACACAUAUAUAUAAAGAAAGAGGCGCUUGUGGCUUUUACUAUACUGGAUAAAUGAGGGUUAACACUUGAAGAUCAAGAAAAACAGUGGAAAAAGAGAAGCUAUUCUGUCCUACUGAUGGACUUUCUUUCUCUUUCCCUCUUUCUCUUAUUCUCUCACCAUCUCUCAGCAAGCGCCAGACUAUGACUUUCUGGGGUCACUGAGGUUUCCAUUAGCUACAGUACAACUGAAAAUCUUUCACCCCUAAGGGACCAAAGGACCAAACAUUUUUAUUGCUCUCAACAGUAAUAUAAUAUAGUAUUAAUGAUACUAAUACUACAAACUACUACUAAUAAUGUUACAAGUUAAAACUUAAGAAGAAACUUACUAGCUUCAGGUUGGAGCAGGAAAAGGGGUUUUUCUUUUAUUUUCCUUUUACAUUUAUAGCUACUGGGUUUGAGAAUAUUAAAAAAUCUAAAAAAAAAUAAAAAAUAAAAAAAGUAUUUUAAAAGCUAUACUAUUUUAGUGGACGUAGAAUAUGUGGAUUAGAGAUUGUUUUGGGCAUGUUCAGAUCUGCUGUUAGCAGUCAUCAUUCCAAAUCUGGACUCAUCAUCUUGGACAUAUCUCUCUAGUAACUUCUCUGUGUUGAAGGAACAAAGCAACUCUGAGUAGCUGCUCAUAAAGCGCCACACUGUAGUGCCAAAAGAUAUCCCGGAAAUUGUGUCAAACCAAACAUUCAAGACAUACAGUGUAUUGAACAAUAUUUUCAAUCUUCUGCUGUUUCUAGUCCCCCUGUCAGCGCACUGCGUUCCAUUGUGAUGUAUUAUCAUUGUAGACCACCAUCUUUUUUUAUUGCAGAAAAAGGCAUUCCGUGUCAGGAAAAAGAGAGGCAGUGUCAUUAAAGCACUGAUAAUACAGAUAAUCUGACCAUAAAGCACUGAUAAUACAGAUAAUCUGACCAUAAAGCACUGAUAAUACAGAUAAUCUGACCAUAAAGCACAGCUGUAAAAGUGCCACCCGGUAGUGUGGAUACGGAGCAGUAAAGAAGCUCAACAUCUUUAACUGGUUAAUAAAAUAUACAAAUUACCCUGACAAUGGUUAUAAAAUUGCCAACCAAGCAUUGCAGUGCCUACUGGGUCCUGCCCCCUACCGCUGCCAGCUUUCUCCAGCUGCUCUCUGCG